AUGACUCUGACGUGCACAUCGAUCCAAAAUUUCGCAUGUUUCCCGACGAUGUUCUCAAAACCCUUAAUCACUAUCGCGGAAGAAAUUCUAAUCAGGAAGCUCAAGCGAAUGGAAAAUAUCACCAAUACGUACUAUUGUCAUUCAUAUUCAUGCAGUUUUUAUUUUUUUUACAGCAAUUCGACACAAGUAUUGGUUCAUUUUUCAAUUUUGCGAAGUCAAAGUGAAUACCGUUUAAGGGUAACAUGUAACCGAGCAGGCGAGAAGAGUCAACACAAUUUCUCUUCAAUGGACGCUGCACGAGCGCUUGGUGGGCAGAUUAAUAACGUUUUCGGUUGGCGUGCUGAUAUGAAGAACUUCGACAUGGAGGUGUUGCUCAACAUACGAAAUGACUGUGUGUUGGUUAUGGUAGCACUCAACAAAGAAUCACUUUUCAAACGGAAUAUCUGCGCUUUUGGUCCGACGACAAUGCGACCAACUAUGUGUUAUUGUAUGGCUGCGUUGGCUCAGCCAAAAAGAGGCGAUAUUAUUCUGGAUCCGAUGUGCGGAGGAGGUUCGAUUCCAUUGGAAGGUGCAUUGGCAUACGACGGUUGUCUAUUUAUUGGAGCCGAUAUACAUCCAAAGGCUAUGCAAAGGUGCAGUGAGAAUAUGUACUGUGACAAACAACUGUUAAAUAGCGGUUCUGAAGUGGCGUUUCUAUGCUGUGAUGCUUUACUACUACCGUUUCCGACGAGUUCCAUCAAUGCUAUCGUAACUGAUCUUCCAUUCGGUAAAAAAAUAGGUUCCGUUGGGGACAAUCGUGUAAUAUAUCCACGUCUUCUGGUAGAAUGGGAGAGAGUGGUGAAGGCUGGCGGUCGACUUAUUGUAAUGACGCGCGAUAAGAGAACACUGGCUUUGAAUGGCGGAAGGUGGCGUACGACAUGGCGUCGUAUGGUCAACGUCGGUGGUUUGCAAGCCCUAUGCAGUCUUCUAAUUAACACAAAAAAUAGUCAAGGAUUUCCUUCAUGA